AUGCGCUUCAUCACAAUCGCACGCACGGUACUCGCCGCGUCGGCAGUUCUUGCUGUCGGUGGUGCCGUAAGCCAAGCUGCCCCUAUUUCGCCCUUCUCCACAGCCAACAACACAGAAGGCAGUGCAUCCGUGUCCGCAUUAUCGUAUAAUGAGACCGUGGACGAGGGAAACGUGACCGUCUACAAGGGAAUCGAUGGUCUACCGUGGCUGUCGCAUAUUACGUGCAAACGAAACUUCUUCAAUGAAAAGCAGUUGACGCCGGAAGAGCGCGAGCGCAUGCUCGGUUGCUAUAAGGACUUUCAGGAUAAAGGACAAUGGGUCGGCCAGAUGACUAAGUGCAACGAUACCAAGAGGUAUUUCCAGUCCUGGGGCCACCACUGGGACAGCCCACCUGAUUGCUGGAACGCCUGCAAAGGAUGUUUCGAGGACGCCGUCUUUGACCAGGCGGCGAACUUCCGCUGCUGGAAAUAUGAAGGGUUUUCGGCGAGGUGCCACGUCACUUAUGAGUGA